AUGGCGUGCCUGAAACAGCAGCAGGCUGCCAUCAAGAUGGAGGCAGUGAAGAUUGUGCCAGUGGAGAAGUUUGCGGAGUGCCCGAACUCGCAGGGCAGGUACGGGCCCGCGCAGUGUGUCCGCGAACCCCCGCUUGUGGGAAAGUGUGCCUGGCCCCUAGAGUCCGAGAUCAUUGCAAACCAGGCCUGUGCUGACGUCCCCACCCUGGAGAAAGCCCGGAGCCCGAGCGGGCUGGCCCGGACACCACCCCGCCGUGAGAAAUUUGUCCAGGGUCAUCGCAAGGCCAGUGGAGAACUGUGUUACCACCGGCAGACACCAUCGGACGAGGUCAUCGUUAAUCAGUACGUCCUUCACCAGUCAACCACGUCUGAGCCCCUGGAAUGCCCCACCUGUGGCCAUGUGUAUAAUGCCACCAACAAACGUCCACGGAUCCUCUCCUGUCUCCAUUCAGUGUGCGAGGAGUGCCUGCAGAUCCUCUACGAGUCCUGCCCCAAGUACAAGUUCAUCUCGUGCCCCACUUGCCGCCGGGAGACCGUGCUGUUCACCGACUAUGGCCUGGCCGCUCUGGCCAUCAACACCAGCAUCCUGGCCCGGCUGCCAGCUGAAGGCCUUGCCACCAAUCCGGGCCAGUGGGGCAGUGAGGCUGACCGUAGCUGCUACCAAACCUUCCAGCAGUACUGCGGGGCAGCCUGCAGCUGCCAGCUCCGAAACCCACUGUCUUCCUGUGUCAUCAUGUAAACGGAUUCCCAAUUUCACAGAGUAACAUUUGUGACCAAAAAAAAGAUUACCCCAAGACUGAACAACUUGCUGUGCUUUCUCAGCAAUCUAUAUGGUAAAUUAUCUAUAACUGCAUUAUCUCAUCUGGGAGUUUCUGUGUUUUCUGUGAAAUCAAAGGUAUCAAAUUCAGGUUGAGUGGCAAGUAUUAUGCAGUCUUGAUAGUUUUGCCUGGGAGGCAGUGUUGCCAAGCAACCUGUACAUUCUUGACUCUGACCUCGGAAUUGCUUCUUUUUCCACCCCAGUAUUAUAUGAUGCCUAAAACCAUUGCCAAAGCAGCAAGUGUUUUAAAGUGUUGCCCUCUUUAGGUUGGUAAAGCUUAAUGUGUUCAAGAUGCACACCACACUAUCCAGCAGCCUACUGAGAUCCAUUCCAUUCUAUUCUAGGCCCUGCCCAGUGCCCUCAAUCUUUCACCAGAAUGCAGUAUCUGGCAAGGACAUUUUGUUUAACCUGAAGUUUAGAUUUUGAUUGUUAGACAAAGAAAGAAGGGUUUAGUAGCACUUAUUUUUAAUUGCACGCAUCCUCACCUAAACCACAGACCUGCCUCAAACCUCGAUGACGUCAGGGGCACGCUUGUAGCUUUUGUGCAGUGUCAGCCCUGCCAAACUCAGCAUCAGGAGUGAUCGUCCUGGGCCAGCUGCCUCUGCACUUCAGCACCGUGCAACCUCCCCAGACACCCCCCCCCCCCUCACACACACACACACCCUCCCACCUCCCAACUCUAAGCCACUGUGGUUUUUGAGGGGCUGAAAAGGGUUAUGACCAUAGGUUUCUACAUCCACCUGUCCAUCACAGUAACCAGUUAAUAAAGGCUGCUCUCACCUGUGUGUCUGAGUGCAUUGGUUUUGCUUUUGCUCCUUGUCCCACCCCAGAAUCCCAACCUUGGGCUGUAAGAAGCCAUUCACACAUUUAACACAUCAGAUGGAGAAAUACCAGUCUUUGGCUCCAAGUUAGGUGUAUGGGGGAGCACCUACUGCCAAAGGUAACAGUCAGUGCUGGAGAGCUCACCGAGAGCCAUGCUAGGAACACAAAGAAUGUUUCUUUAUUGAUUGUAUUCUGUGAAUAAACUCUAUAUUAGACCUUC